UGCAUAUAUAUUGUGCGCCACGCGCGGUUAGCUGACCAGUCCAGGAAAGUAACGUAGGCGGGGGCGGGGAAUCCGACCUCGACGUCGGAAACGAGCGGAAUUUCGGGGGGAUUUGGAUUUAGGGGAUCUGUUUACAGCCGCCCGCCAAUCAAAGCCACCAUCUUGGCGCUCUCCAGCGGCAGCACGCGGGGCGGUGUUCGACAACGAAGAGUGAGAACGGGGGCAAGCGGACAGCUAUGGCGGCGACGGUAGACGACCUGCUGAGGCUGGAGAUGCCGCCGGAGGAGAAGCGCAUCAUCGCGGAGUACAUUUGGGUAGGAGGGAGCGGUCUUGACCUGAGGAGCAAAGCCCGCACUCUGCCCGGCCCCGUGAAGUCGGUGUCUGAGCUCCCCAAGUGGAACUACGAUGGCUCCAGCACGGGCCAGGCWCCGGGCGAGGACAGCGAGGUCAUCCUCUAUCCCCAAGCCAUCUUCAGAGACCCCUUCCGUGGCGGGGACAACAUCCUGGUGAUGUGCGACUGCUACACUCCUCAGGGAGAACCCAUUCCCACCAACACCCGCUACGCUGCCAACAAGCUGUUCGAGCAGGCGCCGGACACCGAGCUCUGGUUCUGUCUCUUAUACACAUCUAGAUGUGUAUAAGAGACAGGUCCAGCACGGGGCAGGCCCCGGGCGAGGACAGCGAGGUCAUCCUGUACCCGCAAGCCAUC